ACGAACACACGUCGCACCCUCACCGCCCGCGAACUUUUACCUCAUGCGUUAGCUGAGAAUCACACUUGCCGAUCUCCAACCUAUCCAACCCUCAACCCCGAACCCCAACACAGCAAAACCCAACCAUCACCAUCACCAUCACCAACACACAAAUAACCUAACCACCCCUCCUCAUAAUAAUAACAUCAUCACGACGGACGCACCAUGUCGGCGCUAACCCCUCCCUCAACGGAGGCGGGCAGCAGCAGCCCCGUGCGCGUCGAAACGGUGACCCACGACGACGGCCGCCAGGUCGCCGUGCUGCGCGACCAGCGCGGCGCCAUCAUCUACCCGUCCUACGUGCCGCCGUCCACCGAGCCCCCGGGCCCCAGCGCGCCGCUGCCGGCAUAUCCACCGCAAUCCUCGCCAUCAACAACAGCAGCAGCAGCAGCACAGCAUAGCGUGGCCGGACCGAGCCAGCAGAAGGAACAGGAGCAGGAGGUCGCGCCUGGAGAGGCGAGCGACGAGGUCGCGGUUGGUGUGCAGCCGCAGGCGGGUGGGGGUAUGGCGGGGGUGGUGCGGCGGAAGGGGUCGGAGAUGGGUGGGGCAGGUGCCGCUGGACAGCAGGAUGGGGAGGUGUUGAGCAGUGAAUCGUCUUCCUCGUCCGAGUCUGAUGACGACGAAGAGGAGGGAGCUGGGCGGAGGAAGACGGCGACGAAACAGCAAAAGAAAAAGGGUCAGCAGAAGAAAAAGGACGACGACGACAGCCGGUUCCGCCGCUUCCACUUCAGCAACGAGCACUACCACACCCGCGGCAAGGUGUCCAAGCGCGACGGCCGCCUGGCCAUCUCGCUCAGCGACAUGAGCAACACAGGCUACCUGGCCAAGGCGCUGGGCACUGCAGCGCGCAAGAUGGCGCCGCUGGCAAAGCUCACCGAGGAGGCGACCAAGGAGGGAGCCGAAAAGGCAAAACACCCAGCAAAACCCCCGACCCAUCCACCCCCCUCACCCACCACCACCACACCCAUCGACCACCAACCCCCACCGCGCCUCAACAUCGUCAUCAUGGUAAUCGGCUCGCGCGGCGACGCGCAGCCCUUCCUGCAGAUCGCGCGGCUGCUACACACGCAGCACGGACACCGGGUGCGGAUCGCGACGCACCCGGCGUUCCGGUCCUUCGUGCAGGACGACUGCCCCGGGGUGGAGUUCUUCUCGGUGGGCGGGGACCCGUCGGAGCUGAUGUCCUUCAUGGUCAAGAACCCCGGCAUGAUCCCGACGCUGGAGACGGUGCGGGCGGGGGACGUGGGCCGGCGCCGCGCCAGCAUGGCCCGCAUGUUCCGCGGCUUCUGGCGCGCGUGCAUCAACGCGACCGACGACGAGGCCGACCCCCGCAACGUGCGCAUGAUGGGCGAGCGGGAUCCGUUCGUCGCCGAUGCGAUUAUUGCGAACCCGCCGAGCUUUGCGCAUAUCCAUUGUGCUGAGGCGCUGGGGAUCCCCGUGCAUCUGAUGUUUACGUUCCCGUAUACCCCCACCCAGGCGUUCCCGCACCCGCUGGCGAGUAUCAAGAGGUCGAAUGUUGACCCGGGCUAUACCAACUGGAUCUCGUACCCGCUGGUCGAGAUGAUGGUGUGGCAGGGCCUGGGAGAUUUGGUGAAUGAGUUUCGUGUGCGCACGCUCGGGCUGGAUCCGGUGUCCACUCUAUGGGCACCGGGAACGGCCUAUCGGCUGCAUGUACCGUUCACCUACCUCUGGAGCCCAGGAUUAAUCCCGAAACCACCAGACUGGGGCGACGAGGUAGACGUGGCAGGGUUCGUGUUUCUGGAUCUGGCGUCGUCGUUUGACCCGCCCAAAGAGCUUGUAAAGUUCUUAGAGGAGGGUGACGAGCCGCCAGUGUAUAUCGGGUUCGGGUCGAUCGUGGUGGACGACGCGGACCGGUUCACAAACAUGAUCUUCGACGCGGUUAAAAAGGCCGGGGUGAGGGCGCUCGUGUCGAAGGGGUGGGGCGGGCUGGGCGGCGACAGCCUCGACGUUCCGGACGGCGUGUUCAUGCUCGACAACACCCCGCACGACUGGCUGUUUCCGAGAGUUCGGGCCUGCGUGAUCCAUGGCGGGGCCGGCACGACCGCCAUCGCGCUCAAGUGCGGCAAGCCGACCAUGAUCGUGCCCUUCUUCGGCGACCAGCAUUUCUGGGGCAGCAUGGUUGGGAGCGCGGGCGCGGGGCCGGAUCCCGUGCCAUAUAAGCACUUGACGGCGGAGAAGCUGGCUGAAGGGAUCAAGUACUGUCUCACUGACGACGCGAGGAAGGCGGUCGGGAAGAUCGCCAAGGAUAUUGAAGAAGAGGGGGACGGGGCCGAGAACGCAUGUCGGGCGUUUCAUAGGGGGCUGGUGUUGCAGGGGACUCGGUCGAUGAGAUGCGCCAUCCUACCUGACCGGGUAGCUGUGUGGCAGAUGAAGAAGACGAGGUUGAGGUUGAGUGCGGUGGCGGCCGAUAUGCUGGUGGAAAAGGGGCUGUUGUCGUGGAAGAAGUUGCACUUGUUAAGGCACAACGAGUGGAACGACUUUGAAGGGCCAGGUGAGCCAUUGACAGGGGCGGCUGGGUCGUUGAUGAGUUCGGUAGGGAAUGUUUUCAGUGGCGUUGGAAAGGUGCCGUAUCGGAUUGGAAAGGGUGCGAAGAAAAGGAGAGAAAAGAGAAAGCAGAAGGAAGAGAGGGAUAAGGAAGACUCUGAUUCAGAGCCUAAACAGAACUCGGGAGAUUCAAGACCCGACGAUUCUCAGCAAAACGACUCCAACGAGGAAGUCCCUCACGUCGAAACGACAACGACGCAUGCGAUGAACCGGCAAACGACAGCGUCCACAACCGGCACUGGUCCUGUGGAAGAUGUGGCUCGCCAGGUGGGCCGCGGGGCGGCCAAAUCGGCAUCUGCCCUCGCGCGCACCCCGGUUGACCUAAUUCAGAGUCUUGCCCAAGGCUUCCACAAUGCGCCUCGCCUCUACGGGGACGACACGGUCCGCCGCCCGACGCGGGUGACGGGGAUGAAGUCCGGGUUGCGGGCCGCUCGGCGUGAGUUUGCGUACGGGAUAUACGACGGGUGGACUGGCGUCGUCCGUCUUCCGGUGCGGGGAGCCCGCGACGACGGCCUACGCGGUUUCAUCCCGGGCGUGGGUAUGGGCCUUACCGGGUUCGUCCUGAAGAACAUUGCCGCUCUUAUCGGACCGGUGGGUUAUACCUUGCAGGGGGUCGUGAAGCAGGCCGAGAGGCGACGGCAGCCUAUCAAGUAUAUCAGGAGAGCAAGAGUCGUGCAAGGGAAAAGAGAAGGGGCCCUCCUGUCCGAGGACGAGAGGAGAGAGAAGGCGAAUGAGGCUGUGGCCGGAUGGAGGCUGAUGAGGCAGUUGUGGGAAGAAAUGAACCGGGCGGAGAGAAAGGAACAGAAGGGUUUUGGAGGGAGGUUAAGCAGCAACGCGAGAAAGCUGAGGAAAAGCAGGGAGUGGGAUGUGGUGUUCGAGAACGUGGGCGUGGCACAAAGGGCAAUGGAUAGCCUGAAGAAGGGGGAUGGACUCGAUAGUGUCCUAGGAAAGGGGAGUGUUGCCGUGGCCGAGCCGAACCCGGUCUCGCCGACGGAAGUAAACGACAACGACAAUGGUUCUUCCACCCUCGCGGACAAGGACCCGCCUAGUUCGCCGUACGACUCGGGACAUGGCAUCCCAGCCGACGAUGUUUUGGCCAAACCGGCACCGGACGGCAAUGGGACAGAGGACGAGAAUCCCUUCUCGGCCACCACCCCCGCCAUCGCGGAGAACAAGGCUGAGAACAGGCAGACCAUGGCGGCGCUCGGUAUCCAAGCCUCCACUUGAUCUUCAGCCCGCGGCUAGCCACGCCAUGUGUUCAUGUCUGUACCGUCUAACUUUUGAGACGGCGGCCAGCAUCGCGGCUGGGGUUGCUGUGCCUCCCUCAGCCGAAACAUCAGGGGUGCCACAUGGAAGAUGCUCUUCGCUGGUGUAUCACACGGCGGGAAUUGCGGCGAGGCCGACGGCGUUUGGGUUUUGCUUUUGGUGACAAAUCCGGAGGGCUGCAGAAGAGCGUCGGUGUUCGGGAUGAAUUCCGUGUACAUACAACCAAGAAAGUAGUGCAUAACUCGAGGAGCCGAGUUUGGUUGUGUUGUGCCUGCCUUCCAAUGAAAGAGAAAUUAAUUCUUCGUUUCCGCGCACCUUCCGAAUGCAGCUUCAAGAAUCGAAAUGAUUUGUGAGCUUAACGA